AUGAUAUUCGCAUUAGUGUUUGUGUGCACUCGCAUCUCUCAAAUCGUCACUCUGCUUCCGCCGAUGGGCAUGCUCGCCUGGUUCAUCAACAUCUUCAUCAGCCACAAUGCCUUGACCCCCGACUCAAUCCUCAUCCUCUUUAUUCUUGUCGUUCUUGCCCUUGCCUGGGCCGUCUUCACCCUCUUCAGCUACCACCGCUCGUCUGCCAACGCUCGCUUCAUAUGUCUGGUCGACCUUUGCUUCAUGGGUGCUCUCAUUGCCGGCGUUUAUGAAAUGCGAGGAAUUGCAGACGCAAGCUGCUCCAACCCCGACUCAAGCUCCGUAUGGUUUGCUCCGAAUCACAUCCCCGUCCCCAACUGGGGAUGGCAGACGGACAAGCCCUGCGCCAUGCUCAAGGCCAGCUGGGCGUUUGCCAUCAUGAACAUCAUCUUCUUCGCCACCACGGCUCUUGCCGCCUUUAGCCACGGCGACCACCUGGCUUACGAAGGCCGCGGCGCAUAUGUUGUAGAGCGCCGCCACCACCACUCCAGCCGUCACAGCCAUCGUCACCGUAGCCGAAGCCGUUCUGGUGGAUCCCGCCACAGCAGCCACCGAAGCCCGCAUUCUCACCGCCGAGUCUACGUUUGA